CAUCCCCAUCGUUGAUAUUUCGUCACCCCGCCGCUGCACACUCCGUCGGCCCAUCGCAUAAUACCCCCCAUCUUCUAUCCUACGCACCAGUAUAAUGAACCACUUCUCGCGCAACCGCGAGCCCCCCACUACCUUGCAUCCAAUCACCUUUGCUCCUCCCAGUCAACCUCUACCAGACAGCGCCCGUUUCCAGUCCGAUUCCGUCGCAUCCCAAGACAAGGCGGAGUCGAGCGCUAUUGCCUUCAUGAAAGGUCCCAAACGCAAGCGGCUUGCCAAGGCAUGCGAUGCCUGUCACAAAAGUAAACGUCGGUGUGAUGGCACUGCACCGUGCAGCAAUUGUUACUUUGCCUCAAAGAAAUGCUCGUAUACAGAUGCUUCCGGUCGACCCGUCCCAGCGCCCCGGCUUCUCAAACAAGAUAGAUCUGAUACGGCACCAGAUGGCCGGCAGGCAUCAUAUCCUUCUUACCCUGACCUCUUUCAGAAUGCUCAACAUCUGCCGGGGAUCGGAGAAGGCCCACUAUCUCGUUCCACCUUGGACGAUGAUACUGGCGGUUUGAGGAAGAGAUUCCGUUCAGGUUCAGAGGACCUUCCCCACGCGCUGGCUCUUCCGGUUGUCUCAGUUGUGGACCGCUCUCGAGAGUUAGAUCCCUCCCUCACUCGCGAGCUUGUGAAUCUAUUUUUCGCGCACCGUCACUCCCAAACAAUGAUGUUUCACAAGGCCAAGUUUUAUGCAGCUUUAAGCCAUGGGCGGGUACCAUCUUAUCUGCUGUUUUCCGUUUGCGCCGUUGCCGCACCCCUCUCACGCCGCCUCACUGCCCGGGUAGCUCAGCCGCGGCUGGUUGGAGACCAAUUUGCUCAGGAAGCGGUCUCUAUACUGUUUGAUGGGAACAUGCACCUGAAGUGCGAGCCUUGUUUGGAAGUCUCGCAGGCACUUGUUCUGCUGCAGUUCCACGAAAGGAUGGCCAAGUCCGCUUGGAAUGCGACCUACUAUGAAGUGGCCAUUGAAGUUCUUGAUACACUGAGCAUCUUCAAGACAAGCAGUCCUCCUGUUACUUCUGCCCCGUCUGCUGAGUAUAUUGAUGCCGCCAUCAAUCAAGAAUGCCUGCGACGUGUUUUCUGGCACAUCCACAUCUCGGAUCUCAUGGCUUCAGUACUCUACAAGCGACCUAUCAAGGCCUCUGAGAGCCAGCUGCAUCUCCGCCUGCCUGUUGACGAAACCAGCUUCGAGCUUUCUGUUCAUUCGACAGUGCCUGAAUAUAUGGGCGGUCCAUCUCCACUGUCACCGUAUGCUUCCGAGACUGGUCACGUUCUCCGGGUGCUUUCCUUGUGGUCAAAAAUCGAACGAGCCAUGGACGAAUUCCACACACCCAACUCGGGAUCUGAGCCUGUGGCCAUCUUGCUGGAUUUGGAGAAUUCCUUGACGCACUGGGCAGGGACUCUUCCCGAUCAUCUCCGGUAUACUGAUGAGAAUCUACAAACCCAAAUGUCCAUGUUCGAGACGGGUUCGAGUUUGGGGGCUUGGUGCUUCUGCUUCAUGCACGUGGUGCACGCGACCGCAGCUAUUGGACUUAACCAGGCUCGCCAACGUUGUCGAACUGCUGAACCAGGAGGUCCUCAAUGGGCUCAUGGGAAGCUAGAAUCCAUAGUGACGACCCUUGGACCAAGAGCAAGGAAUUCGCAGCUGCUUGGCAUUGCAUGUUGGUCCUUAUUCAAGUAUUGCUACGGAGAGCAUCCGCACGUACGGGCGUGGGCAGCAGAGUUUGAGCAUUAUUGGGGCAUUCGUAUCCAGGACCUGUGCACUCCGGCACCUGACUACAGGUUACUCCCGCCCGUCCAUCACCCACCUCACCAUGCGGCAGUUUACAAUUGCCCUCCUUCGCCACCGACAUACAAGGCUCUUGCAAACCCCGCUUCUCAGUCGAAGGUUGAUUCUGCGGGCGCUGUGAAGCCUGUGUCCAGCCGCUCAAGUGGAGAGAUUCGGCUGUCCAGUCUGUUGGAUUUGGAUCGUAAAGUUAGCAGCUCAGGGAACGCAGAAACACGAGACAAGGAGCUGAGAAAGCUCAUCAAUGAUUCGAAUAUUGAUCCAGUUCUCCAGACUUCCACAGGGGCUCGUAUUCCCUCUAUCUUGGAGGGACUGCCUUCUCUGCCUUCUCUCAAAGCUAGCGGUCUUUUGGAUUCGUGGAGUGCCCCAAGCACCUCCGACACUACACAUUCAGCAACAAAUAGUUGGGCCGGCUCAUCGCAGCAUCGUGCCCCGCCUCGGCAUUCUCCUCGAGACACACCUCGAUCUCCUCUUGUCACCUCUCCUUAUUCUGAUUCGUCCUCUUCUCGAAACACUACUUCUUCAGCAGGUAUGCCGGUCGGACUUCCGUGGUUGGCGAGCGAAUCUUCAGUCAAGAGAACCAAUUGAAUACUCUAGUUCUGCUAGUUAGUUCCCGCUUUUGUGCUAUGUUUAUUAUUGCCUGCCCGUUGAUGACUCGGCUCGUUCUUUGCAUUCCGUUUGAUCUGUCUUGCUCAUGUUUGGCGUUAGCUUGUCUUUGCUAGUUGUGUAUCUCUAAUACGAAUGAUACUUUGCUCGCGUACGAUUGCCGCACUAUCAUUAUGGGAGACAAGAUAGGAUAUGCAUGAUCGCGUAGGUACAAGGGUAAGAGUUGAUCAUUGUGCUUCUGCGCCGCCGCCGACCUUCUUGAGGUUGCGAUGGAGUUCAGGCUUGACAAGGACGACACGAUCAAGCAACUUCUUGACUACCUGCUCUUUGUUCUCGUCGUAGGCAUUAGUAAUAGUCUCGAGCUUGGCGUCAGUCUCUUUAUCCACGGCUGAUUGGGCAUUGGAUGUUGUGCCCGCGUGGGAAGAUUCAAAAUUCUUGAAUUCGUCCUCCUUGGACUUGCGAUACUCCUCUAUCUCCUUGUUAGCCUCCGUGCGUGCAUCCUUGAGACGCUGAACACGAUACUGACGGGCCUGCUGCACGACCUUGGCAGCUUCCUUCUCUGCCUCAAGCAAAGUUUGGAUUCCCUGAGAGUGCUGAGCGGCCAUUGGAAAGG